AGAAAAAAAUACCAGCCAUUCAUCUUAGUAUGUUUAUUAUUUACAAAUUAUACAGUUAGUUACUUUGAACAUAUUCUUAACAUUUUAGCAAACUGAUACCGUUUAUUUAAAAUAAAGUAAACAGCCUGGUUCUAGACUGGGUAAAAUGCUAGAAACUUCAGAGUAACAUUGAUGAAUAAGUCACAAUUUGAAAAUUGAUAGUAUUUUUCAAGUUCUAAAUACAUGAGCUUAAACCUGAAGAGAAAAUGAAUUAUCAGCAUAUGUUUCCGGGCAACUCUGGCAGCCCGGACACGACAACCAUGUCAGAUGAUAUUUCCUGGAUACACGUUACUCCAUCCAUCAUGCCUUGGAGUGUGGAGAACCGACCUCAACUUGUCAGAUUUGGUGAGACAUCAGGAGAAGGAGAUCCAUGGAGUAUUCCACGCCCAAAAAUGAGAUUUAUUAAAAGAAAAUCAGACCUGGAUAUUAAUCUAAGGCCAGCUAAGAUGCACAUUACAGAAGAGAAAAUGGCUGCACAGCUAAAAAAUAUGCAUAUAAGUAACAACUAUAUUGGUGAACAGAUGUUGAGCGAUGGCCUGGACAAACCGACACAAGCCGAUUGUAUGUUACCCACACUAGUGCUUAGCAAGGAGGUACAGAGCCUUGCCACCUUCCAGGAUCCUCUUCUACCUGAUUCUAUACUUAAAAUGCAGAAGCCAACACGAGCCUUAGUGUUGUGGAAGCCACCUAGAGGAAGUUUGACGUCUCAGAUCUUAUCGAACGUGCGUAAUCAAGAGGAUGAAGAGGUUGACAGUGUCAACAAUAACCCCGGCACACCUCACUUAAAUACAAUGACUUUACCAAGGUCUCCAAGUUUGAACACAGACAUGGAGUUGUAGUGGUGUCAACAGAAGUAUUUGGUUUAUGUUGAAAUUCAUAAGUAUUUAAUUUUCAAAAACUGUUGAUUUAUCCAUUGCAAUGUAUUAUUUUUCACUAUUUUAUUUGAUAUCAUUCAGUGAUCUUCAAUAAAUAUAAUUUCUUAUCACA